AUGAUUGCUACCAGUCCUUGUGUCCGGACUCAAACGAUGCGUACACAUGCAUGUCCAGACAUCCGCAGCUAUUUUGAGAUGGCAAAACCAAAGUUCAUCUGCACAAAAGGAUAUGCUUCAAUGACUGAUCAAUUGGUCUCGCCAUCUCGCUGGGUUGGUCAAAAAGCACACGAAGAGUCUCGACUAGGAUACGGUUACAACAAGAAUAAAUUCCUCAUCAUCAUUCGAGACUAUUGGCUCAGGACUGCAAAAAAGGUAUUUGAGAUGACCGGAUUUAUAUUAUGGGCCGAGAACACCAGCAAGGAACAAGUAGAGGCCGCCAGUAGUAAACAACAGAGCUCAAGGCGGAAAAAAUACUUUUUCGUCAGAGACAAUAUCAACCAUUGGUCCGUCCAUCCAGAAGAUAAGUACUAUUUAUACACAACAUGUCUCGAGGAUACCAGAGAGAGUUUGGGAGCGUUAGACUUUACCAAAAGGCAAAGCUGCUCGGGUUCUUGGCGUGGUAAGCCAAGAUCUGGUAGCUCCUCUGCCAUUUGGUGGCCAAACCCUUUUGUGGUUGACCCCAUCGCUGCAAGUUGGCACAUUGUUUCUGCUGGAAGUUUGGUUGUUUACUGUUGGUGGUCUCGUAUACCCCCUGCUGGUGGUCAAGGUCCAUUCCGCCCGGUCAUCGAAGAACAUUUUGCAGUCCCGGGCCCGUCUCUUCAGAUGAUGUUACCUAUUCCAAGCCAAGUUCCUUUCCUUACGAAACAAAUUCUCUCAAUUAAGCCAUAUUCGGCCUUAUCAACUCCAAUAAUGCGGCAAAUUCAGAAGCCUGAAUCCUGUGCAAGAAUGACAGCAGCAAGAACCAAAAUCCCUGAAAUGGUCAAGCCACGGUUUGCUUUUAUGUCCAAGUCCAAUUCCGAGUCUUGUCCAAGUCAAAGUCCAAAUGUCCAAAACUAUCCAAGUGUUGUCUGGGUCGUACCUCCAAGUCUCAAAACCAAGUCGAUUUCCAAGAAAGGGUCCAAUGCAAAGUUCCAAAAGCAAGUUCCAAAAGAAAAAUCAAAAACCAAAACCGAGGCCUAUACUAAGUCCUGUAAAAAAAAACAGGCAUAUACUAAGUCCUCCUCUCCAAAAGGAUCAAAAGAAAUCCGAACCCGAGGCCUAUACUAA